AGGCGGCGCUGCAGCUCCGUGGGCGGCGGGGGCGGCGGGGGCGGUCGCUGCCCCCAGCAGCAGGUGCAGCAGCGGCAGGCGGCCAACCUGCGCGAGCGGAGGCGGAUGCAGAGCAUCAACGACGCGUUCGAAGGGCUGCGCGCGCACAUCCCCACCCUGCCCUACGAGAAGCGGCUGUCCAAGGUGGACACGCUGAAGUUGGCCAUCGGCUACAUCAACUUCCUGAGCGAGUUGGUGGCGUCGGACCGUGCGGGGGCGGCAGGAGGCGUCGGCGGCGGCGGCGGGGGUGGACUCGGGGGUGGCGGCUUGCGCGGCGUGGGCCACGGCCCGCUGCGCGAUCAGCCCAAGAAGGUCAUCCUCAGGGGAGGCUUCGGCUGCCCGUUCACGGCGCACUCGCUGUCAUGGUCGAGCAGCCGCACGGAGCGCACGCCCACCGCCGCCGGGCUGAUGUUCGCCAAGGUGUGGACUCCGGAGGACCCCAGGGCUGCCAGCAAGGCGGCCUCGGCUGUGCCAGCCGGCGACGCCCCCGCACCGGCGCCGCAGCGCUUCUGACGCCAGGUCGCGGUUUCACACAUCCUCUGACUGAAUUACGGAGUGAAUCCUCGCGUCGCUGUGCAGUGCGGACUUUUUGUGUCACAAAUGGCUGGGAGAUCACUGCAGAGACUGAAAGAAGUGACAGAUUGGACACGCCAUCGGCAGUGUCGUUCACGGCCGUGGAUUCAGCUCAAGUUACCCCUGUGAGGGACAGAAUGCUGUUUUGCUAUACCGUCGUCAUAAAUUGUUCAGCUCUCUGAUUAAUGGAAGGGAUAUACCAAAGGAGUAAUGUUACGAAGGUCUUACUGUGGCAGUGAAUGGCUAGCAGCCAGUGAACAGAGAGAAGCGUCGUCUACAAACAGUGAAAUCUCUAGUCACACGUACCGACAAAUUACCUAGGAUGUUUUGCUGCUUCAUCUGUCGUGUUCAAAAUUCAUUGUCUCCACUAGCUUGUUACUGAGCGGUCCCUAGAAUGGCUGACUGGUUGCGAACACAAAGUGUUUCCACAUCUACAUCCAUAUUCCAUGUACCACCUUAUAGUGUAUGAUGGAGGUUACUUUUAUUGCCGCUAUCAUUUCGCACCCUUUGCUCUUCCGUUCGCGAACGCCGCGUGGGAAGAAUGAUUGUCAGUAACCUUUCUGUAUGUCCUUUUUAUUAGUAUUGAGACUUUCCCCGUGUAUUUCUUAACUGUAAACUACUUUCAAUACAGUCAUAUUCAUGCACUUGUCUGUUCAAGCAAGCGACCUUGACGCAUUGGUAAUACCGGUCAGAUAACCGAAGUUAAGCGCUAUCGGGCUUGGCUAACACUUGGAUGGGUGACCGUCCGGUCUGCCGAGCGCUGUUGGCAAAAGGGGUGCACUCAGCCCUUGUGAGGCAAACUGAAGAGCUACUUGAGGGACAAGAAGCGGCUCCGGUCACGAAAACUGACAACAGCUGGGAUAACUCCGUGCUGACCGUGUGCCCCUCCGUACCCGCAUCCAGUGACGCCUGUCUGUGAGGGUGACACGGCGGCCGGUCGGUGCCGCUGGACCUUCAACGUCUGUACCGACGGUGUUUAGUUUAUUUUAUUUGUCUGUUCAAGCGCAGGUUGUGCUGUACCGUUAUCACCAUCUAGAGUUGUGGCGAUUCGUGAAUGAGUCGUUCAUUUGAACGACUCUAAAUAAAGAAUCGUAAGAAUCGAAUCGUGAUACGGACGAAUCGUCGUUCAAAAGAAUCGUAAAAACGAUUGCGUGUUUCCGAGUCGUGACGAUUCCAAGUUCCAACGAUUCAUCGAUUCUUAGUACGCUAUGCUUCGAAGCCCUCCAUGCUUCGAAGGCAACUUCCGAAUCAUGCCGAGUCGUGCCGAAUGAUUACGACCGCCAGAUGGCAGUCAAGUGGAGGAUGCGUGUGAACAAAGGAAGCUCGGAACGAACAAACGAAGUUCGUGGGCCGUAAUAUUACUCGUGAAAACCAAGCUGACACUUGGCGGUGUCGUCUUCUCGUGUAAAUAGUAGUGACAGCGGCAAGUUCUCAGACAAAUUAAAAGCAAAAUACCUAUGCUUUGUAUUUAGAAGAAAUGAAAGUUAAGCUACAUUUGCCUUGUGGGAGGGCUGUCAGCUGCGUUAUGAAUUACAAGGAUGAUGUGAACUUGGAAAGAUAUCUUAGCACAGAAAAACAUAGGAUGAUACGAGUCAAACCACAUCUGCCUCACUGCUAAAUUUUGUUACUAUAAAACAGACGUCUGUAGUUAGAUACGUUCAAGCCACACAACCAAACUGGCAUACCACGUAAUUUUGCACCACCUUUCGCAAAAAUCUACUCCUCUUUCCUGGCAUACUGUAAUAAAACAAUAGAGGCAAUCAAAUCAAACGUGACCUUUGAUCAAUUAAGGCAUAUAAAUCGAGAAUCACACUUGUAACGUCAUAUGCAUGUUUACUCAUAAAUAAACUAUUUCUGGCAUAUCUUAUCAUGACAGUUCGAUUCUAACCCCAUUGACAAUUUCAGGCAUGUCCUGCCAUCUGUGAGUAAGAGGUAGAACUUUUUGCCUUCCGUAAUAAUCGUGCCAUCGCAGACUAGAAUGAAUCGUGAAAGAAUCGUGAACGAAUCGUAGGAAUCGAUUCGCAAUGUGAGAUUGAAUCGUAGGAAUCGAAUCGGGAAAAAGAAUCGUAUUGCCCAACUCUAUUACCAUCACGUGCUUCUCUCGCAUACUUUUCUACACGAGCUACAUGUCGUUAUAGCUGUUGCUGCCUAGUAACACAUGUUUAACCACGGAACUAAGAAAGAAACAGUGGCGGCCGGUGCAAACUUUUACAAGUGUUCCACAAUAUUACGAAAAUAAACAGAAAACAAAAUCAUAAAAAAUUUAUUACAAUAAAAACUAGUACUCCAGACCUUCGACCAUAAAUAUAAUAGACUGGCCCUGACGUCAUUUUCGUGGCUCCAACAUCUCUGGGCUGAAGUCACGUGAAUGUUGGCAAAACAUGGUUGUUUCGUGUUGUGCUUAUAGCUGUACUAAGCGUUUUGUCGGGGAAAUGGCAUUACAUUUCACCUGUAAGUGUGUCUAAGAUAGUGCAGAUGCGUUUAUUGAAAUCUGCUGAAGUGACUUUUAUAUGUUUCUUACGCUUGAAAUAGAGUAUCACGUAUAUUAAAGUGUUGAAAGUGAUGCCUGUAAACUCAGACUCAUAUUACAUUUUGGAAAGUAUCUGUGAUGAUUCAGUUACAGAAGUAAGUAUAACUGUUUCUCGUUCCUACUCAUAGGUUCUGUAAGGAUGAAAACCGAAGGCAGCUUUGGAUACAGGCCUUGAAACGGAAAAACUUUAAGCCAUUUGCACAUACGCGCCUUUGCUCGAAGCACUUCGAGGAGAAGUGUUUUGAUAGGUUAGUUAUUAUUUACAAUGUAUAUCUAUAAUUUGUAUUUACAGUGUCUGUCAUUUUUAAACCUAGGCUCCAAAAUUAUUUUCUGAAACUGCAAAGUCUCACCUUUCAUCUAAAAUAUCAUUUUUUUUUAAACUAAUAGUUUAAACUUUUGUAAAAAUAGUGGGAACUGAACCUUUGAAGUGCACCUAAAAUUGAUACUCUAAAAUGGACCUGCUCCUAAAGUAAACAAUUUUGACACCUAUAAUUGACAUAAUUCCCAUAGCCCAUUUUCUUUUAUAAGUGACUAAAGCUCGAAACGUGGCGAAUACAAUGUUUAAAGUUUUGACACGAGCCCACUCUUACUGUUUAAAAGAAUUUUAACGACAUUUUACUAUAAUUGAUAGUUUAUAGUAAUUUCGUCCCACUGCCCACCAGAGUGGCGUUCGAUGUAUUUGUUAGAUUUUAUAAAUGGUACUUUGAACAAAUCCAGGUCAAAUGUAGUUCUGGCAUAAUUUUUCACAAAUAAGAAAGUAGUUUUUGUUGGAAGCGUUUGGCAGUCAAUUGAGAAAUGUGGGGAAAAUCCGAUACAAACAUAGGAUGGCAGACCGCUGAUUUGAAAUCCCGCCACGUUUUGCCAACAGUCACGUGGUGUAUGUUGGAGCCACACCAGCCGUAUAGCUUCUGCACAGCAAGGCCAGUCUACUAGUAUCUAUGGUCGAAGCUCCAGACAAAAAAUGAAGUCUGGGACAAUUCUAGUGUCCGAUUCCACUCGGCGGCUUUGGGCAACGACGUCAGAGACGCCACAUAGAGGCAAUCUUUGAAAGCAACGGAUCAUAUUAGGAAACAAAUGAAUGUAGCACACGAUAAAAAUUACAAACACAGUUCACGUGAUCAAUUACUUGGCCCCAAAUUACACUGACAAGAACUAAAAGUAGCGAAAGGAAAUAAGAACGGAAAAAGAGAAGUAUACAAGUCUGAAAUAAAUUAUUAUCGUAAUUUAUGUGAGUAAGAAAAGCACAGAGAACCUUUACAUAUAGUACAGUUCAGUGCAUUGUGAAGCCAUAUUAUGAAUCAGGGUUAACUUUCAAUACUAAUUGUUAAAUCUAACGGGACGAGUAAACAAGUAACGAAAAUAAUAUAUUUGCAGUAGUCUUCUAAACUGUAUAUCUCAUAGAUACUCAAAUAUACAUUCAUACCUGUACAAAUAUGUACAAUUAAUACUUGUUCCACAGGUCACAAAUACAUUUCAUAAUGAUGUGGAACAUUUCAGCUUAACAUACGAUUUUUUUACACAAUAUAAUUAAAUACAUAAAAAUAUGUGGAUACGUACACAUGUCCAUUCCUAUUCCCAAGUGCAUGACUUUCUUCAUGCUCACUUCAACUGAACGAUUAUGUUGUUUAAUUUAGGUGCUUUGCCCUUGAAGGUCAUUUCAAAAGUCAAAACAUAAUGUGGAGAAAGUACCAGUCGGCCUUGCCUUUAGCUCAGCAAGGGACGUGUCCUCGCCCAGUCCAUGAGCUAUUGGAAACACUGAGUUAUACACUCUCUCAAUUACAGCUUUGAAUAUUAUAAAAAUAUAUUUACAUUUUUGAGGCAUGAGAUUAAAAAGAGUUUCAAUAAAAACAAGCAGUGGCAGGCAAUGAACGUAUCGGAUCUAAAUUUUGUUAUGUGUUUGAACGUUGUAUAAAGGGAACUACGUAAAGUAAAGAAAGACACUGAUGGAUCUUAGUCAUCAUGGAGACUGUCUUGUUUUCCAAGAGUGGGGGAAAAAAGAAAUUUCUAAUAAUGUAGGUGAAAAUUUGCCAAAUUGUAAAAAAGUGAAUCUUUGCCCUUAUGUCCUGCAGAAAUGGCCCAAAAGUCUCCUUUCUUACCAUUAAACUUCCUUCAGCCUUUGCCAUUAUAUCUUUUCCUGCCUUUAUGUUGUCAUAUAUGUCAACAUUGUGGUAAAUUGAGUAGGCCUACACUCAUGCAGCUAAUACCAUAAUUUAACAAUUUUUGAAACAUGUGGCCACAACCGAGAAUCACUAUUGAAUUCUAGUCAGCCCUAGUCGAGAUAUUAUUUUAUUCUAUUAUAUUUAUUAUCGAAGCCUGCCAAAUCUUCAAAUGAGUUGUGAUCUCUGUGUAAUUAUUAUAUAGCAUCUUGAUGUUA